AGAUUUUUGGUUCAAAUUUGUGCUCUGAAGUCUGUUAUGCAUGAGCCCCAUGGGCGUGGUAUUAGGUGUGAUCUUGAAGUUGAUAAUAAUGGAGCUUUCUGCUGUUAAUGAUUUUAAGAAAAGUCUAACUUUUAAUUGCUCUUCAUUUGAGGAUUUCUCACAAAUCAUUUCACGAGGACUGAAGUGCCUCGAGGAGGUUGAGAGUGGCCAAAAGGCAUUACUUCAUGCUCAGUUAUGCCAGAUAUUGAUAUCUUCUUGUAACGAAUGGGUUGCAUAUCAUACUGAACAUACCAGCCUCCUGAUGUUUGCUGGGCCAGUUAAAGCACUUGAAAUUAUCAGCAGUAGCAUAAUUAAAGCCAGUAUUCAAGGAUCCCAAUGGCUUGAAAGUGUUGUUCUUCAAAUGAUGAAAAAUGGUUCGAUCGAAGUCAUCCUGAGAGACAAAUCAGUCACUAGCUCACCAAACACACAGAAACUGUUAAUAAAUGGGCUCAGUCGCUUUCCUGACCUCUUCUCCUCUAAAAGAGGAAGACAGGUCUCGGAUGAAUUCCUUCCUAUUAAUUAUUACCGGAGACUGGCCAGCUGUAUGUUUAAAUCAUUGGAGUACAUUCAUUCAACGUCACUCAGUGGAGAUGCAGAGAAAAGUAAAUUAACAUUCCUUGCCUCGUUGGUAGGGAAGGUAUCCAUGUUAGGUCAUAGAGAUUCAUUUUAUGGUUGUCUUUGUCCUAAACUUGAGGAAGUGACCAAAGAUGACACUCAUUGGUCUAGCAUGUGUCAUAGUCUCUUCAUGUCCAUACCAGAGCAUCAAAUGGAGGCCACACUAGAUGGUCUCAUGCACCACGUUAGACCGUCGUUACGAUUGGGUUCUCCGUUGUGGCGUAUUCUCGGUCCCCUUCCUCUCCACUCGUCCCAGGCCAGCUACCUCCUAACUAAUAAAUAUGUUAUCAUCAGGCCUCUCUCAGACCCGAGGGUUCUUCUAGGGUACCUGGGAAGCAACAAGAAGCUACAUCCUCUACUAAUGGAGUCGAUAUUACUAUCACUGAGACUGUGGUCAGACAAGAGUGCUUUGAGGCACAUGACAGCUGGACUUCACCUUCAAAUAACUGGACAUGUUGUCCUGGGGAUGAACCUUAUCGAUCUCUCUCUCUUUCAGCCCCAACUAUCAGAAUUAACUAGUCUAGUCAUGCAAGGGAUACAAGCUCAUCUCCAGUCUCCGAUUGAUGAGUUCAAAUAUGUUGGAAUGGCAGCUGGGGAGUUUAUUAUGAACCUAUUGCAUCCUUCUCCUGAUCCUCCCUCUUCUCCUCCUUCCUCUCCUCCCUCUUCUCCUACCUCCUCUUCUUUUAAACCUCUUCAGUUCUCAUAUCCUGAAAGUGACUCAAUCUUAUGGUUGAAGUCACUCAUGAGACCCAUCACUGAUCAAGAGAAAGGUCUUGCCCCAUUGGCUCCUCCAGCAGUAAAAGAAGAUGAAAAACCUUCGCCUCUUAAAGAGAGAUAUGGAGAAGGAUUGGUACAAAGCACUGUUACCAAUGACAAUGAUAGCGACGACGAUGAUCUUCAACCUUAUGAUAUGAGUAAUGACAGGGACAGUGACAUUAAACCGCCUCCUCUUCAUCUACGGACUGCAAUACAAGGUCUCCUUGCUAAAAACGAGUUUUCAAAACACGUUUCUGCUCUGAGAGGUUUAAAGAAUCUUAUCCAAUCCAGACCAGCUGACCUGCCGGAGUUAUGUCUAGAGCUAGCCAAGAUUCUGCUACACUUAGAGGACAAUUACUCCUUAGAGCAAGAGUUUACUCAGCUAAGACAUGAUUCUCUUGUUGAGUGUGUAGCUACAUGUCCUCUACAGGUGGCUCCAUACUUAUGUGAACAGUUUUAUUCCCAGCAUUACAAUCUUAGUCAGAGGAUGACUAUACUGGAGGUAUUAACAGCUGGAGCUGGGAAGCUUUCAAAUCCACAGACAAAGAAGGUCGAGGAAUUUAGUCUAAAAGAGCCGUCUCUUGCUCCAGGGAAGAAACCAUGGCAACAGAUUGUAGAGGAAAGGGUACAAGCCAAAACUAGAUUAAUAUCAAAGGGUUCUAAAAAGCUUGAAGCUGUUCCUAAUCAGUUUAAUGAUGUGUGUGGUCAGUUCUUUUUCCCUUUGAUAUCUCAUUUUGACGUUAAUAAGAUACCAACACUUGAUCUUCAAGGAAGAGACAGUUCUCUGUUGGGUCAGUUGUUGUAUGCUCUUGGUUUAAUUGUUCAUCUUGCCGUACACUGUCCCCUGGUGCCUCUCAUGUCUGCCUCGCUCCUCGACUUCUGCUGGUCAUUUAAGUAUCACACAGACGUUUCUGUCCGCCAAGGUGUCCUAUAUUGUGUAUCUUGUGUUUUGGCAACUGUUCCUCCAUCAUCAGUUCCAGCACUAAUGGAAGGUGGUCUUAAUGAGAUACUGUUGUGGGUCAAAGAUGUUGUUGCCAAUGAUGCUAGUGAGAACUGUAGACAUUUGGCACGAAUCUCCUUGUCUCUGUUUAGUGAAGCAGUUCAACAGGUAGCAAGCAAGCAAUCCUGUUUAAUCUGUUAUGAAUCUUUUUUCUUUUGCAGCAACAACAGCAAUAAAAGUUAUUAAAAGUUAUUUAUAUUAAUAGUUACUUAACUUAUUAAUAAAACAUUAAUAAAUUUAACUCUAUUAUCUAUGAUUUAACCGGCUAGCUCAGCCACACCUAAAA